AAGGAGAGAGAGAAGAAAGAGGAAGGAGAGAGAGAAGAAAGAAGAAGGAGAGAGAGAAGAAAGAGGAAGGAGAGAGAGACGACAGAAGAAGGAGAGAGAGAAGAAAGAGGAAGGAGAGAGAGAAGAAAGAGAGGGGCAGAGGCAACUCGGAGGCGCGACCGAGCGAGGCCCCGAGGAUGAAAGGCGACGAGCUGGUGUACUGGUGGGCCGUCCUCGCCGUCGUGUCGAGUCUGUGUCUGCCGCUGAUAUGCGCUCUCCUCAUCAUCUGCUUUUUCGGGCCAUACCACUACCUGCAGUCCCAGACAUACCUCGAUCUGCCGUCCUUCGCCGAGGGAGCGAGGGCGGCGAUUCUGCAGCCAUACCAUGCGCCUUUGGUCACUAUUUUGACGUCCCUCAAGAUGCAGUACACCCGCGGCGGCGUAACACGAACUAUCAACAACACAGUCUAUCGCGGUCGUGUUCCCGGGUUUUAUCCUGGCGUUUAUUUAGAAGAGGAAUUCUAUGUCAUCUGCGAGACUCUUUCUCCUAUUAGUACCAUCAGCAGUAUGGAUUGUGUGGGAUUCACCAAGGACGACAAGCUCCGUACCCUUCGGCGCCUGACGAUGAAACUAAACGAAUUCCUUCAGGAGGAUCCGAGCGUAAGGGACUACGUAAGGCUCAUGGAAAUCGAUGAUAUUAACGAUCGCCGUCCCCUUAACCAGUUACUGUGGGAACAAAUAGAAAAAGACCACCUGGAUAUAACAACUUCGCUGGUGGCCCUCCACUCAUCGAAGAAAAGACACGAAAUGACCGAACGGAAAUGACAGUUUCGGGAGGAGGAAGAAACACGAGAUCGG